UUGUAUAUUUUCAUGUGUAAGCACAUGGUAGUAGUUUCAUUCCCCACGUCUGAGUGCAGGCGUACGUAAGACACACAGUAUCAUCCCUCCUCUAAUCUCUUUAUCCUGGUCAGGGUGACUGAGGAGACUCGUCUGCUGGACCCUCCGAACGCUCCAGUCCUUCCAUCCCUCCGUCCCUUUUCUCCUUUUUCCCUCUAGACUCUAAACCAGUGAGGAUUUAAAGGGUCCCAGCUUCCACAGGAGUGCGUUUAUGGGAGGUUACUCCUCUGUUUCCAUGGAGAUGAGUUUGAUGGGCUGCUGGUGGAUCUAGGCCACAUAACCACGGGUGUUGGAUUAUCAGCUGCCAAAAGAAGAACAUCUCCAUGGCCAAGGUAGCACCGUUACUCCCACACCAAGUCUCCAGAUUAACUCCACCCUCCAUAGUUCUACAAGAUAUGGACGAGGAGCCAGGUGAAGUCGGUGCGCAGGACAGAGCCUCCCAAAAAGCUGGACCGGGGUUUCUCUUCAACGUCAAUAACAGCAACAACAAUGAAGAAGAGGAGGAGAAGAAGAAAAAGAAGAAGGAGAAGAAAGAAAGGAAAGAGAAAAAAGAGAAAAAGGAGUAAAUUUGAGUCCAUAUCCAGAUAUAUAGAUUUUCACAUAAAUCUCAAUAUAUUUCAGCUUUAAUGAACACUGAAAACUGCUUAUUUGUAAUUAUCUCUCCUAGGAAAGAAAAAAAGGAGAAAAAAGAGAAGAAGGAGAAAAAGCAGAAAGAGAAAGAAGAAAAAGAAAAGGAGAAGGAGAAAGAGAAGGAGAAAGCCAAGGAGGCCCCUCCCAAGGAGAUCACAGUGAUUGAUCCUGCAGGAAACAUGUACUACUACUGGCUGGGUGUGAUCACUAUCCCUGUCAUGUACAACUGGACCCUGAUUAUAGCCAGGGCAUGUUUCGAGGAGUUGCAGACUGACUACUUGAUCUUUUGGUUCCUCCUGGACUUCCUGGCAGAUCUCAUCUACCUUGGUGACAUGGUCUUCAGAACUAGGACCGGUUACCUGGAGCAGGGUUUGCUGGUGAAGGACGAGCUGAAGUUACGUGAACGGUACAUGAAAAGCUUUCAGUUCAGACUGGACCUGGUGUCCAUGAUUCCCACUGACGUGUUCUACCUUGCCAUCGGCGUCACCUACCCCGAGAUCCGCCUCAACAAGCUCUUCAGGUUUAACAGGAUGAUGGAGUUCUUCCAGCGCACAGAAACCAGGACAAACUACCCCAACGCUCUGCGUAUCUCCAACCUCGUCAUGUACAUCCUCAUCAUCAUCCACUGGAAUGCCUGUCUUUACUACUCUUUUUCCAAAGCCAUCGGUUUCGGUUCUGACAGGUUUGUGUACCCUGACCCGACCGAUCCAGAGUUCGGUCGUCUGGUGAGGAAGUAUGCCUACAGUAUGUACUGGUCCACGUUAACACUCACCACCAUUGGAGAAACACCACCACCUGUAGAGAACUCUGAGUACUUCUUCGUCGUCACAGACUUUCUGGUGGGUGUGUUGAUCUUUGCUACCAUUGUCGGUAACGUUGGCUCCAUGAUCACCAACAUGAAUGCUGCCAGAGCUGACUUUCAGGCUCGCAUUGAUGCCAUCAAACAGUACAUGAGUUUCCGAAAGGUCAGUUAG